AUGGCUGCUGUCGCACCGGAAGGAUCCCAAUUUGAUGCUCGUCAGUAUGAUGCUAAAAUGAGUGAGUUACUUGGAGCUGAUGGGCAAGAAUUCUUCACAUCAUAUGAUGAGGUUCAUGACAGCUUUGAUGCUAUGGGAUUGCAGGAGAACCUUCUUAGGGGCAUUUAUGCAUAUGGUUUUGAGAAGCCCUCUGCAAUUCAGCAAAGGGGAAUUGUUCCUUUCUGCAAGGGACUUGAUGUGAUUCAACAGGCACAGUCUGGAACUGGAAAAACUGCGACUUUCUGCUCUGGAAUUCUGCAGCAGCUUGAUUAUGCCUUACCUGAUUGCCAGGCAUUGGUUCUUGCACCCACACGAGAACUUGCUCAACAGAUUGAGAAGGUUAUGCGAGCACUGGGGGACUAUCUUGGUGUCAAGGUUCAUGCUUGUGUUGGCGGGACCAGUGUUCGUGAAGAUCAACGCAUUCUCUCCAGUGGGGUCCAUGUCGUUGUUGGUACACCUGGUCGUGUAUUUGACAUGUUACGGAGGCAGUCUCUUCGUCCAGAUUACAUUAAGAUGUUUGUCUUAGAUGAAGCAGAUGAAAUGCUUUCACGAGGUUUCAAGGAUCAGAUCUAUGACAUUUUCCAGCUGCUACCAUCGAAAAUUCAGGUCGGGGUUUUCUCUGCCACAAUGCCACCGGAGGCCCUUGACAUCACUAGGAAGUUCAUGAAUAAACCUGUGAGGAUUUUGGUGAAACGUGAUGAGCUCACCCUUGAGGGUAUCAAGCAAUUCCAUGUCAAUGUUGAUAAAGAGGAAUGGAAACUUGAGACACUUUGUGAUCUUUAUGAGACCUUGGCAAUUACUCAGAGUGUCAUCUUUGUGAACACCAGGCGCAAAGUUGAUUGGCUCACUGACAAGAUGCGCAGCCGCGAUCACACAGUCUCUGCCACCCAUGGAGACAUGGACCAAAACACAAGAGACAUUAUCAUGAGAGAGUUUCGGUCUGGUUCUUCUCGUGUGCUCAUAACAACUGAUCUCUUGGCCCGUGGUAUUGAUGUCCAGCAGGUCUCUCUAGUGAUUAAUUUUGAUCUUCCGACACAACCAGAAAACUACCUCCACCGCAUUGGUCGUAGUGGUCGUUUCGGGAGGAAGGGUGUUGCCAUCAAUUUUGUGACCAAGGAUGACGACAGGAUGUUGUUUGACAUCCAGAAGUUUUAUAAUGUUGUGAUUGAGGAGCUGCCGGCAAAUGUUGCUGAUCUGCUUUAA